AUGUCCCUUUUUGCAGCCGCUCCUUCCGCUGCUGCCUCAUCGGGCCGGUCUUCUUCGUCGGCAACGAACGAAACGAAAGAAAAGAAAAAUCAACAAUCCUCCUCUUCAACAACAUCAAAGGAUUCUAAAAAAUCAUCUUCUAGUAAGAAUCAAGAAUCCGAGAGUGAGAGUGAGGAUGAUGAAUCCGAUUUUCAAUUACCACAAGAUCCAUCACUUUUAUUCUUUGAACAAGUACUGUCAGCCUUUCCGAGAAGUUUAUUGUGCGAAAUGGUUGAACAAACCUUGCGACCCAGAUCAAAAUUUGAUCCCUAUAAUGAGGAUUUUGAUGUAGUUGUAAAUCAGUUUAUAAAACAUUGCAUUCGGGCAGGCUUAAAUAUUCUGCAAGAAUCUAUGGACGCUUCUCUAUUGAACGAUUUAUUUCUUGUGUUUGGUUCAAAAGUGAGUGAUGUUCACACCAUUCAUUACACAAGCACAAGAAGAGAGCUAGUGACAGAAUUGUGGGCAUCCAAAGGAUUUGAUUUUUUCCUUCAAAGCACUCCUGUGGAGAUUUUACAUCGAUUUUGUGAAUGCUUGAAUUUUAGAGAGGAUACAAAUGAUAGAGUUAUAUUAAUGAGCGCUUUGAAAGAAGAACUGUUCAUUGCUGGAUGUCUACUAUUGAUGCAGAACGUGAGAAGUAGUGAUCUGAAAAAUGCACUCACAGCCAUUAGAGACGCAUUUCAGGAACUAUUUUCUAAUUAUUCAUUCUUUGAGGAUGCCUAUUGCAUUUGCUCAUAUUUUGAUUCGUUUGCAUUUGCUCUUCUUAUAUUGUCAUUGAGUUUUCCUCAUUUGAGGCCUAAGUUUAAAGAAUACAUUUUAAAUCCGAAUAAUGAAGCAUGUAAAGUGCUGAUCAAUUCAAGAGCUACUAAAACAGCCGAGUCUCUAAAAAUUCCAGAAAUACAAGUAGAACCUCCUAAAGAAAACAAUUCUUCACAAGAAAAUGGUUCAGCAGCAACAUUGGAAUCAACAACAACCAUUGCUAGUAGUGUUAGCAAUGGAACGAUCACCACCACGGAAGAAAAAAAAGAUUUACAUCAUCAUGAAAAGCUUAUGGAAACUAGUGAAAAUAAGGAUCAAACUAAGAAAGAUGACGAAAACAAAGCUAGGAUGGAACAAGGAAUAAAAGAGGAUUCUAUAGAACAUGAAUCAGAAAGUGAUGACAGUGAAAAAGAAGAAGGAGAAAUUGAAUUUCCAUCUAGUGAGGGGAGGCCCAAAAUUGAAUUUGGAGUCAGCUCCAACGACAUUUAUGUCAAUUAUACAGCCAAAGAGAUUCAUGACAUGUGUAAAUUCUUCAAGCUGAAGCUGAAAGGAAACAGUAGAGACCGUUGUAAACGAAUUGUAAAGUAUCUCAGUGGAGAAAUUGAGACAAAGAAAAAGAGAAAGCGACAAUCCACGACUAGUAGCGGAACUUCGCAAAAGAAGAAAAAAUAG